UUGGCCUUUCCGCAGUCCGUAGACCGAGCACAGCUUCCUUAGCAACCGGCGGGACUGGAGGUGUCGCUGCGACCGAGUCGACUGCUGACGCUCCCAUCAACUCCACCUACGCUUCUCGCGCCAGUGGAGUACCGGCGUCGACAGGAGAGUGCUCGGCAGUUGAUUUAUCGCAUCUUCACUAGACGCAAUAAAUCGACCUCCACUGAAUCGAUCACUCUGGAGGUGUCACUCUAGCAGAGUGGUAAAGGACAACAAUGCAGGAAACAAAGAGAUGUGGAGGUGUGUGUUUGAAAAAUGGAGUGAUUGGAAUUUAUGAUAAAAGAAUGUCAUCAGGUUUCCAAAUAAAACCAAAGACUGCAAUACAUAAAAGCAAAACAUCUUCGUCUCCGUCAUCUAGUUCUCUAGACCUUGCGAUUAAGCCACAACAAAGGCCUAGUGAUAAACUUAACCCCAAAACUAUUGAUCCGUUUGGGGAUCAUUCAAAAGCUCCUUCUGCGUUUUCUGCCAUUUAUUCUAAAGGUGGUAUACCGUGCAGGUUGGUUCAUGGCUCAGUAAAACACAAAUUACAGUGGGAAUGUCUUCCUGAAACUCUUCCAUUUGAUCCUCUUCUUAUUACUUUAGCUGAGGGUCUAAGAGAGACAAAACACCCAUAUACAUUUGUAUCAAAGGAGGGCUUUAAGGAAUUACUCUUGGUUGAAGAUGCUACUGAAAAAGCAAUUCCCUUGUUGCCUCGUCUGAUUCCAGUGUUAAAGGCUGCUCUGGCCCAUUCAAAUGGUGAAGUAUUUGAAAGAGGAUUGAAUGCUUUGAUACAGCUGAGUGCCAUUGUUGGCCCUGCUCUUAAUGAUCAGCUGAAACACCUACUCACAAGUAUUUCAAAGAGGUUAAUGGACAAGAAAUUCAAAGAGCAGAUCACUGUUGCGUUACAAAAGCUAGAGCAAUAUGGUGGAAAGGAGAGUGUAGGUAUCAUCAAAUCUAAAAUUCCAACCUAUUGUUCCAUCUCCUCUUGAACGAGAGACCCAUCUAGUCAUUUACACUGCAUGGUGUGGUUGUGGGCGUCAAAAGCUGACUGUGGAUGCUGUUGGAAUUUCCUUAUGGUACAAUUUAUUCUAAUAAAACUAACCACAAACAUUUUGUAAUCUGGUUUGGGAGAAAAAUGAAGGUUAAGUGAAUUGUGUCCAUAAUAUCUUGUAAUUAUGGCAAUCAGUUAUAUCAAUCUGUUUGUGUAUCCAGUCUUAUAUUACAGUUACAGUCAACAAUUGGUUAUCUUCCAUUAAUUGUUUCAGCUGUAAACAAAGUAAAUGUUAAUUCAUUUUUGCUGUACAUUCUUGUUUCCUUAAAUAAUUCUGCCAAACUUACUGUGUUUAUCAGAUGUUACAUAAAAGGUAGAAUUUGAUUGUAAUUAUUAAUUAAGCAAUAACUAACUCCCUGCUAAAGUGCAUAUACAUAUUUAUUCUACAUAGGUAAAACUUGCAAUGAUUUCUUUCCAUGAUGAGUGUUACAGAGAUGAAAAUGUGAGUUUUCUGUUACAAAAGAACUGAUUUAAAACUAGUUGUACAGUGUUGCUCCAGUAGUGUAAAUAGUGUAAAAUAAUCAGGUGUUGAUAUUGGAAUACUGUUUUUCAUAUUCCAUCCCAGUAACCCUUUAUUUUGAAAACUGUCACAUUGGGAACUUAAAUCUUAGCACAGUACUGAAUUAACAGUUUCAUACUUAAUUCAGAUGCGUCUAUUGAAACAGUAAAUCCAUUUGGUUAAAGAAAUGCCUGUAGUCUAGUAUUUUUUCAAAAAACAAAAACAUUCUGCUUGUUUUUCUUUCUUGUAUUUUAUUUUUAUAUAUAGAAUUUUUUCAUUUAUUUUUUGUACAAAAUGUGCACAUUUAGUUUAUGCAAACACACUACAGCAAAUUUCAGGUGUACAUGUAUUGUACUACUCUUAUUCCUACACUGGUGAUAGCAGAGCAGCCUUCAGCAUUCCAUCUCUACACCAGAAUAGAUACCUGAUUUUAUUUUUGCAAAAUAAUGGUUGCAGCAUUCUUUCUACUCUAGUAGCCUCUUCACAUCUUUUGUGCAGAAAUGUCACAAUAAAGACUGGCAUAUGUUCAGUAGCAUUUCAAAAUAUUGGCCUGGAAUCACUGAAAACAAUAGUAUAGUAAUUUUUAUUUCUUAAUUGUGAUGGGGGAAAGAUAAUCCAUUUUAAUCUUUCAAAUGUGUGUACUUAUGUUUUUCUAGGUCCAGAAUUAAAGCUGUUACUACUUUGGUAGAAUUAAUGUUCCUCAAAAAUGUAAUAGUACUGCUUAUAAACCACACUGGGAAUA